GGCUCCGCCCACGGUCUCGGGGCGGCGGCGGCAGUCGGCGAGGGAGUCUGCGCCUGCGCGGCAGCUUGGGGCACCACAGAGGGCAGCGCGCCCCACCCCGGCCCUUCUCGGAAUGGAGGUCCUGGACGAAUUCGACCGAGAGUUCCCACAGAGCGUGACCUUCUGCCAGCUCAUCUCCGAGGAGGACUUCGAGAGGCAGGCGGCCACCUACACGGAGCGCGCGCUGCGCCGCCUCUUCCGCAGCCUGGACCGCAACCCCGCGCUGGCCGAGCGGGUGGUGCGCAAGGGCAAGCAGGCCGAGUGCGAGCAGCGCGGGCUCCUCUCCUUCCUCUGGGCCAAGUUCACCUCUGCAGUGCAGGGGGACCUGAACCAAUGCAACAGCAUGGGCGCCCUCGAGAUGCACCAGCGCUUGGAGCAACUCAAGAGAAACAUCCACCGCGUGCACCUCUACUCCCGGGAUGCCAAGAAGAGGAAAAGAAAACUCAAACCAAAGAAGCUAGAGCGCAUCCUAUUUCGGGACCGAUCGACCUCCCCUUGCCAGCCACUGAACCUGUUGCCGCCACCUCCGCCACCACUUCCACCACUGUUGCCACCUGCCACCAACGUGGCCUCCGUGGUGGCCUCGUCACACCCCGUUUACACUAUGCCCAGAGUCUUUGGCCCUUUCCCACCACUGCCCAGCAAGCCGGUGGAGAAGUUGGAUACCUCCAGGUCUGAAGUGAGGCUGAACUGGAGCAGUCUUUCAGCGAACCCUAAGAGCCACAUGGUUGACCUGACGCCCUUGGUCCUCAAUCCUGGAGGUUUCCAUUUCUCCUACGUGGCCGGAAACAACACCCACAAACUCCACUGCCACGGCUUUCCCUGUUCCUCAGCCUGUAAUGGCUCGCCUAGAAAUGAACAGACCUCGUCGUCCACCGUGAGGGCAUCCAUCUUCACCCCACCUGUUCUGCUCAAGUUCCAGCCCAUGUCCAGAUCCAAAGAUGACUCAGAGCCCAAGGACCCUGGCAGCGGGGAGUCCGCGCCUGGCCAGCAGAGCCCAUGACCACGGCCCUCCUGGUGACAGCAGUUGCCGUGGAGGUGCUGGGGGAAUGGAUAAUAAAGUUCCUGUGAAGAUGCCUUCCUGA